CUGCCCCAAUCCUCAUUGCACUCAGAUCAUGCCUGAUUUCACCCCCUGAACAGGACUCCCCAUUCCCAAACCUGCCCUGAUUGCCCAGCUGGAAGCAGGGGAAGAGCCGUGGGUCCCAGAUCUCCAGGUCUCUGAGGAAAGGAACAUCCCAAGAGGCACCCAUACAGAUGAUGGGAGAAUGAGUGAGAACGAGGAGGGGAAUCCACAGUGGGAAGGUCCUGUGCAAGUGGAACUGCAGGGGAACUUUUUGAGAAGAGUUGAAGAGAACUUAUCCCAGUUCUUGGAACAGAGAAAAGCCUGGAGUAAUUGGCACAGGUCAGAGAGGAAGCUGGGAAACCACCCGAGAAAGCAAGUGCAUGAUUCCUUUGAAUGUGGGGGAGGAGACAAGGAUUCCAAAGAAACCACAAUCCAGCAGACAAAUCCCAAAGAAAAGAAACCCUGUAAAUGCUUGGAAUGUGGAAAAAGCUUCAAUUGGAGCUCAAAUCUUACUGCUCAUCGGAGAGUGCACACGGGAGAGAAACCAUAUAAAUGCCUUGAGUGUGGGAAAAGCUUCAGUCAGUGCUCAGGCUUUAUUAGGCAUGGAAGAAUCCACACAGGAGAGGGACCAUAUAAAUGCCUUGAGUGUGGGAAAAGUUUCAGUGCACCAUCAGCCCUUAUUGUACAUCAGAGAACCCACACAGGAGAGAAGCCCUAUAAAUGUUUAGACUGUGGGAAAUGCUUCAGUCAGCGCUCAGGCCUUAUUAGCCAUGGGAGACUCCAUACAGGAGAGGGACCACAUAAAUGCCUUGAGUGUGGAAAAAGUUUCAGUGGACCAUCAGUCCUUGUAAUACAUCAGAGAACCCACACAGGAGAGAAACCGUUUAAAUGCUUGGACUGUGGGAAAAGUUUCAGUCAGUGCUCACAUCUUACUUGCCAUGGGAGAAUCCACAUGGGAGAGGGACCGUAUAAAUGUUUGGACUGUAGGAAAAGUUUCAGUGGACCAUCAGCUCUUGUUGCACAUCAGAGGACCCACACAGGAGAGAAGCCCUAUAAAUGCUUGGAUUGUGGGAAAAGCUUCAGUGUGAGCUCAGGUCUUUUUAUCCAUAGGAGAAUCCACACGGGAGAGAAACCGUAUAAAUGUCCUGAAUGUGGAAAAAGUUUCAGUGCAUCAUCAGCCCUUAUUACUCAUCAGAGAACCCACACAGGAGAGAAACCCUAUAAAUGCUUGGACUGUGGGAAAAGCUUCAGUCAGCGCUCAGGCCUUAUUAGCCAUGAGAGAAUCCAUACGGGACAGGGACCAUAUAAAUGCCUUGAGUGUGGGAAAAGUUGCAGUGCACCAUCAGCCCUUAUUACACAUCAGAGAACCCACACGGGAGAGAAACCAUAUAAAUGCCUUCAGUGUGAGAAAAGUUUCAGUGCACGAUCGGUCCUUAUUGUACAUCAGAGGACCCACACAGGAGAAAAACCUUAUAAAUGCUUGGACUGUGAGAAAAGCUUCAGUCAGAGCUCAAAUCUUACUGCCCAUCGGAGACUGCACAUGGGAGAGAGACCCUGUAAAUGAUUGGACUGUGGGAAAAAUUUCAGUGGACCAUCAGCCCUUAUUUCACAUCAGAGAACCCACACAGGAGAGAAACCCAUAUAAAUGCCUCCACUGUGGGAAAAGUUUUAUUUGAAAAUCAAACCUUGCUUCAUAUCAGACAAUCCACACAAGAGAGAGAACCCAUAAAUGUUUGGAUUGUGGGAAAAGCUUCAAUAUGUGCAGGAAAAGAUUCAGUCUGGGCUCACAUAUUAUUCCCCAUCGCAUAAUUCACAGAAGAAAGAGCUUGAAUGUGGGGGAAGCUUUAUUUGGUGCUCACAUGGCAUUAAGAAUCAGCAAAUCCACACAGGGAAGAGCCCUCUCAGAUGUCCUUAGCAUGGAAAAAGCUUCACAUUGGACAUCAAAGUCUCCUCCACACAGGAGAGAAAUUCUCUCAGUGCCCUGACUAGGGCUCACCUUAGUAAAAACUCCAUUUCCUAAUUCCCACACACAUCAGAGGCAUUUGGCUCCCAGGUAUCCAUCUGCCCAUCUUUGGGGACGGGUUCCAGUAGCUGCUGACCCUGAGCUGAUCAGUGACACUCUGGCUUGCCUGGUCUAAGCUAACCGCAGGCAGAAGAGGAGAAGUUCCAAUCAGCCCUGUGAUGGGUUGCCCCCUGAUGCCACCUGAUGUACUGGGGUUCCACUGAGCCCACCUGUUCCACCAGUCAGGGCCCCCUCACCCUGUCCUUCCAAGCCAGGCUUUCCAGCCUACACUGGCAAACACAGGUAGGGCCACAUCCUGCUGCAGAAAGACACAGACACUGAGAUUAAGUCUGCACGAGAAGACCCAGCUUGGGAAGUGCCCAGCACUUGUGUGCACACCACUGUCUUGUGCUAUACAGCAAACUAUGCAACGUAAGCUCAUUGAUCGCCCUCUACCUCGAUGUAGACUCAUAGACUUUAAGGUCAGAAGGGACCAUUAUGAUCAUCUAGUCUGACCUCCUGCACA